AUGUCCAACGAAGGCCAAGAAGAAUUAUUGGAUUACUCUGAUUCUGAAGAAAUCGCCGUUCCAACUACCGCUCAGACCACCACUGGCGAUGGGGAAGGUACCAAUGAUAAAGAAGCCGACAAGAAGGGCUCUUACGUUGGUAUUCACGCCACAGGUUUCAGAGAUUUCUUAUUGAAACCAGAAUUACUUAGAGCAAUUGGUGAUUGUGGUUUCGAACAUCCUUCUGAAGGUUCGUAUUCGAGUUUUGCAUUCAGAUAGAUGAGAAUGAUGUUUUUUUUGCAGAACUAUGCUUACAAAGUCACACCCUCUGGAGCUGAUCAUAAAUGAUUUCCAUGCUGGCAUGUAUAUGAUGCUAGUUCCAAUAUAUGACUAGAUUGUCUCGAUGUUCAAACAUACGUCAUCUAUGCAAAAAAUUGGGCUUUUCAACUUGAAGUCUUGAGGCUAGACUAUAAUCAUUCUCCGUUAUGUCUUUAUUUAUCGGACUGAUAAAUAAAUUGCGGAAAGGACAAAUGAAUUGCCGGUUAUAGUGCAUUCAUUUUGUUCUUGACUGUGACCCAUGCAAGGGGUACUAAAAAUUUGUCAAUAAAAGGGUCGUGGGAAGAGCUUUGGGAUGUAAUCAAUCUAUCAUGAAGUCUAUCUAAUCUCAAUCUAUAGAGGAUUCACUAACAUAAAUUAUAGUUCAACAGGUUUGUAUCCCCCAAUCGAUCUUGGGUACUGAUGUUUUGUGUCAAGCGAAAUCUGGUUUAGGUAAAACCGCAGUUUUUGUUUUAUCAACUUUACAACAAUUGGAUCCUGUUCCGGGUGAAAUUUCAACCUUGGUUAUUUGUCAUACGAGAGAGUUGGCUUAUCAAAUUCGUAACGAAUAUUCAAGAUU